ACGUCAGCUUUGAUUAGGCUUCUGCCACGUGACAGGAGGUGUCCGGGCCAAUCAGGGCGAGCAGCGAUGCAUAUAAAGCAGGAGCAAAGAGGAGUUGGGGGGUACCUGCCGCGAGGAUCGGGCCCCGAAGCUCUCUGCAGCGAUGUCUCUGAUGGGAAGCCAAGGCAUUGUCUCUGCCACCGAGCUCCUCCUGGCGGGUGCCGUGUUCUGCCUGGUGUUCCUGCUCAUCCAGUCCCUCCGGCAGCGCGUGCCCAAGGGGCUGCAGAGCCCCCCCGGCCCCAGGGGCUUCCCCAUCCUUGGCAACGUGCUGGAGCUGAGGAAGGACCCGCACUUGGUGCUGACCCGGCUGAGCCGGCUCUAUGGGGACGUGAUGGAGGUGAGGAUCGGCACCCGGCCCGUGCUGGUGCUGAGCGGGCUGGACACCAUCAAGCAAGCCCUGGUGAAGCAAGCAGAAGAUUUCCUGGGCCGCCCCGACCUCCACAGCUUCCAGUACAUUGCAGAUGGGAAAAGCCUGACCUUCAGCCCCGACUCUGGGGAGGUGUGGAGAGCCCGCAGGAAGCUGGCCCAGAACGCCCUCAAGACCUUCUCCAUCACCCCCAGCCCCCGGGUCUCAUCCUGCUGCCUCCUGGAGGAGCACGUCUCCCAGGAGGCCGAGUACCUGGUCACCAAGUUCCUGCAGCUCAUGGAGGAGGAGAAGAGCUUUGACCCCUACCGGUACCUGGUGGUCUCCGUGGCCAACGUCAUCUGCGCCAUGUGCUUUGGCAAGCGGCAUGACCACAAUGACCAGGAGCUGCUCAGUAUAGUGAACCUCAACAAUGAGUUUGGAGAUGCGGCUGCUUCUGGCAACCCUGCAGACUUCAUCCCCCUGCUCCGGUAUCUUCCCAGCCGCACCAUGCAGCUCUUCAAGGACAUCAACAGGCGUUUCAACUCCUUUGUGCAUAAGAUUGUCCAGGAGCAUUACACCAGCUUUGAUAAGGAGCACAUCCGGGACAUCACAGACUCACUGAUCGAGCACUGCCAGGAGUACAGUGUUGGAGAGGAUGCCCAUGUCCCGAUCUCCAAUAAGAAGAUCAUCAGCAUCGUCUAUGACCUCUUUGGGGCAGGCUUUGACACUGUGACAACUGCCUUAUCCUGGAGCCUCAUCUAUGUCGCCUUGUACCCUGACAUCCAAAAGAGGAUCCAGGAAGAGCUGGACCAGACCAUCGGCCAGGAGCGCAGACCGAGGCUGUCUGACCGGGGCGCGCUGCCCUAUACAGAAGCCUUUAUCCUGGAGAUGUUCAGGCACUCCUCCUUUGUGCCCUUCACCAUCCCACACAGUACAACAAGAGCAACAGUGUUGAAUGGCUACUACAUCCCCAAGGAUACCUGUGUGUUUGUCAACCAGUGGCAAGUGAAUCACGACGAGAAGCUUUGGAAGGAGCCCUCAGCCUUCAACCCCGAGCGGUUCCUCAAUGCUGCAGGGACGGAGGUGAACAGGACAGAGAGUGACAAAGUGAUGACUUUUGGCCUGGGCAAGCGGCGCUGCCUCGGGGAGUCCAUCGGCCGCUGGGAAGUCUUCCUCUUCUUGGCCACGCUGCUGCAGCAGCUGGAGUUCAGCCUGCGGCCCGGUGCAGAGGUGGACAUCACCCCUCAGUACGGGCUGACAAUGAAGUACAAGAGGUGCGACUGCUUCCAGAUCAAGCAGCGCUUCCCUGUGAAGAGCUCUCCAUGAGCUGCGGGAGGAAGCAUCGCGCCGCACGACAGCCAGCCCUGGGAGCUGCACACUCAGCCUUGCUUUUGCUAAUGCUCUCUAGAAGGCAGCACAGCUCCUCACUGUUCUGCUUCACUGGGAGCUUGUUCAUCUCAUGUAAAUGCCGGUGGGGAGGGAUAACACUGGCUUUGCCCCCACCCCUCC